AUGCCAAAUUUCUCCGGGAACUGGAAGAUGAAGAGCUCGGAAAACUUCGAGGAGCUACUGAAGGCACUGGGCGUGAACAUGAUGCUGCGGAAGAUCGCGGUGGCGGCGGCAGCGAAGCCGGCGGUGGAGAUCCGGCAGGACGGGGAGAGUUUCUACAUCCGCACCUCGACCCCCGUGCGCACCACUGAGAUCCGCUUCAGGGUGGGCGAGGAGUUCGAGGAGCAGACGGUGGACGGGAGGCCCUGCAAGAGCCUGGCCAGGUGGGAGAGCGAGAACAAGAUGGUGUGUGAGCAGCGGCUGCUCAAGGGCGACGGGCCCAAGACGGGCUGGUCCCGGGAGAUGACCAACGACGGGGAGCUCAUCCUGACCAUGACGGCCGACGACGUUGUCUGCACCAGGGUCUACAUCCGCGAGUGA